CGUUAAAAUUGUUUUGAUAGGUACCUAUAUUUUUAUUUUACUUUCCUUCGUUUUCAUAGUGAAAAUUCCGUAUAAUAUUGAGAGCUCAUAUAUAUAAGAAUUGCCCUGACGAAUUAGUGUACUUAUAAAAGCCACUAUAAGAAAUUUUAUUAUGUCUAAUGUUAAAAAUACUGAAAAGCCCGGUGAUGGACUGCGUUCAAUGAAAUCGAGUACAGCAUUUAGAGUGAUUAAUUUUGAGCUGUAUGCAAAACCUAAUAUUGUGAUUAUGAGCAUAGGGCUCACAUGUUUUGGAAUGGCUUUAGGCUAUAUUGCAUACAUGAGGAAUAAAUAUGAAUCCAUGGGUUAUUAUGCUGCUGUAGACAAGGAUGGUAAAGAAGUAUUUGAGAAAAAGAAAUCAAAAUGGGACUAGUUAUUUUUCAAACUGUUGUUAUUUAUUAAAUGAUAAAUCCAAGACAAACAUUUCACAUAAGCUGAAGUUAUGAAACUAGUAUCUGUAUCAGACAAAAUAUGUUUGUAUUUUUAGAGAGUAGAUCUAAUUCAUAUAAAAGCAUAUGUUCUCAUUUGAAUUUAAUAAAACUUAGUCGUAAUAUAUGUUUGUUUUGCAUUAGCCAAUAUUUUCCUGUAACUUAUUACAGGUUACUUGUAAAUAAAUAUUAUAAGACAAUUGCU